CAUGCUAUGCCAAAAUUUCUGUUCGAGGGCAGAUUAUUUCAAACAACUGUCCCAAACGCGUCCGAGAUACCGUUUGUCUGGUCAAGUUGUCCUCCCUCGACUGAAUUCCACUCAGGGGACACUAGUGCUCCUGUUAGACAUGGUUGUAGAAAAGUCACUUUAUACAGCAUUUCCUUCACGAGGGAUUGGCCAGCUACUUGGAUCUGUACAUUCUCAGUAAGGCUCGGUUUUACCGCCGAGCACUCUGCACCACACAAUGACUAUGCUAGAGAGCCAAAUCUCUCUUCAUCGAGAUCAGAGCCACCAGGGCGAAGCAGGCCGUUGCGUCAUCCACAUAAGGGAAGAGCUAGUGUACACUGUCAUCAACGAGGAAGCAGCAGCACCGCCUUCAACGCUCAUAUCCUUCCGCCCACAUCUUUCAUUCAUCCCCUUGCCACUCAUCGUAGUGACCAUCACCCGGUGAGCCUUUAUUUGGACAUCGCUUCUGCACUGCCCUUGGCUGGAGGCGGUCUUAUGGAGCCAACGGUUUCGCAUAAUCGCUUGUGUAAUCCGGCCACGGCGGAAACCGUUGUGUUCGUUCACAGCUUUUGCAAUCCCACAGUUACGGCCAUGUUCUUGUGCUCUAUCCAAUCUGCUGGUUUGACCGAUAAUGUUUGCAAUCUCGAAUCACUCUGGAUGACCGACAUUAAAUCCAAUUAUGGUGCAGGUUUUCAUCUGCAAUCUUCGUCGGGUCGUUUGGGGAGAAAAACGUUUCCGUUAUUCCCGCUGCUUUUUUUCACUGCUUCAGGCCGACUUUUUUGUCUGGUAAUCUGUCUCGGUUGGCCCACCUCUUCAUUUCCUCCCCUCGACCUUCGCGAACUUUUGGCAUUCGUCCACUUUUUGGCAGACUUUGCUUAA